CUUUUUCCUGUUGCGUAAUAUUAGUGCAAUGGGACCCUAUAAAAGACGGGCCAGCUGACCCUUGCACGCAGUCACGACUUGGCAUUUCUACAGAAAAGACCUACACAUAAUGAUGAACCGCGGGUUACUCCUGACGCUGGCGCUGACGACGGCGGUGUUGCUGGCGGCGGUGAGUGCCGGGCCGCUGCCUGAGGCCGAGGCGGAAGCGCACAGGAGGUACGGCGGGUAUGGCUUCGGACUCGGCAUUGGUGGAUACGGCCACGGGUAUGGCCAUGGUGGAUAUGGCCAUGGUGGAUAUGGACAUGGUGGAUAUGGCCAUGGUGGAUAUGGACAUGGCGGAUAUGGACAUGGCGGAUAUGGACAUGGGCAUGGCCAUUAUAUUAUUUACGGGUAGAUGGGAGGAAGAUUUGAGUAGGAAGAGCUGUGUUACCGCCAUUCUGUGGAGAGUUAUAAGGGGGAAUCACUGGUCUCUUGAAUCUGCCCCUUUUCCUUCCCAUCGAUCAUUUCAACAACUUUUAACUUAGUUUUCUCGAUGUAUCACCUUCUCUAACUCUGCGCCACUUACGCCGCGUCCUGCAGGACACAACACCUUUCCCUUCCUCAAGAGAAAAGCAAAACUGUAGAAGGUUUCCAUACAAGGAUAUAAAACGGGAAUUCUUAAGGUGUUGCCUCGUCCAGAACUGUGUUACUCAUGGUGUUAGAUUAUUAACAGAUUAUCAAUGUAGGGAAGUUGUUUGACGGUUUUCAGUAAAUUUUUGAUAGGAGGAGUUUGUUUUGAAUAAACUGUUGAUCUGAA